AUGGGCAGGCAAAGAGGACCCAAGAAAAUCCUCAUGCAGAGGGGCUUCAACUUCCCUCCUGGUCCCCUAUUCUCCGACAGACAGACCGUCCAACUCAUCUUGACAGCAAUCUUUGGAACCGAGCUGUCAUGGGCCGAGAAUCAUGACAUGGUCGCCCUGAGCAGAGAGGCCGAAGCCUGUCUCCUCGGUAUCUUUCACACCCUCGUCGAUAGAGCCGACCUCUACGGGACUCUUCGUGGUCAUUCUGCGUUUUACGCAACCGUUGCUUCUGAGCUAAACACCAGGGGUGAGCUCACUGGCGACGCUCUCAAAGAUUUGGACGAACUCUACGUCCGCGCCCGCCGCGGUGACCCGGGCGAAUGGCGCGACACCGAUCUCAACUUGGCUGUUGAUGCCUGGAUAUCGGUCAAGGACGCCAUCGCGACCCUCCCUCCCCUCGAGACCUUGUCCCUCACAGCCCGUACCAACGAGAUGGGUGCCCUAGUGGCUCAGUUCCAGGCUACCAGUGUCGCUGGACCAGCGCAGAAUGUGCCCGACUGGCCUCCCACCCACUUCGGACCUUACGAACUCGCCCUGAUCACCACCCCGGAACUUCGAAGUGUCCUCUUCGGCAAGACGCAUCAGACCCCUGGCACUCUACCUGCGCUUCCCAGCAAGACCACUAUGCCCCUCGAGACUCGCGCCCAUCUCUGUUCACUCGCUCUUGCCAAUUACCGGCCCAGCAGCAACUGGAACUUGAUUCUGACCCCCGUUGCGAACUUCAAUGGUUUCUUGGAGCGUCGCCAAUGGUCAAUCCCUUCUGGCGGUCAAUCUCUUUACUGCUUCACUAUCGAGCAUGCAUUGGUGCAAGCCGUCAAAGCCCUCGAGUCUGGCAAGGUCCUUUCCAUUGUCCUCGCCACCCCCUGGUUCGGUCGCACCUGGGGCGCGAUCCCUUCUGUCACCGAGGUCCCAGGCGCCGAGAGUCAGCAGAGCUACGCCGACGGCAUCGAGCUGAUCAUCUUCGACCCCACCGCUCGCUAUACCCACAUCAAGACCGACCCCCAGGUCAAGACGAGCCUCUUCGGCCUCUUUAACUUCCGCCAGAGUAUUCGCGACAAUACAGAGCUGGCGAUGCAGAGAGCCGGGGGACGCCUGAUUCGUGGCUGGUAUGGCGGCAAGAUGGAUACGCCUGCCAACGGGUCUGACAGUGUUCAGCUGGCGAGCGAGUGGAUUCGUCUGCUCGUUCUCGCCAGCAGUGACGGUCAAGACCCGUUGGCCGUUGACGAUGAGAAAUGGGCUCAGUGGGGCUUUGAGGAGGUGCAUAUUUGA